AUACGGCCCCAAAACUCUAUAGAAGAACUUUAUAAAUAGGUAUUUGCUAUUUUUCUGGUUCCUGAAAAAUAGUAUUUGUUCAGGCAACGGCUGUGUGAGCCCAUGAGAUGAAGAUCUAACAGAUCAGGUGUAGGAAUCUUGAAGCAGGAUCAAAGGAUUAUGUUAUCACCUGAACGAAACACAGAUUUCAAGUGCCUGCUUUUUAGGAAAAGUGUUAUAAAUAAGGCAAAGAAGAUCUCAUCCCCCUCACAUCUGAAAGGUAGAUAAUUCCGAGAGCCUUCUAGUCCUUGUUCACAAGACAAGAUGAUCACCCAUGGCGAUGUAUGAAGAAUCAAUAUAUGCUAAAAAAACAUAUAUGACCGCCGAGAGGAUGUAUGGGGGAAAAAAAGAAGUAUACGCUUGCAGCCUUCCAGAAAGCCAGUACGUAAGUAUGCAUGUUGUUCCUAUCCAGUAUUCUGAUGCUCACCCGAGUCACGCAUGAUCUCACCAAAACGCCCCUGCCGGCUGUCGCCGUGCGAGAUCGCUUCAUGUCUGCGCCCGUCCAUUCGCAAGGCCGACGCAUCUUCCCUCGUCACUCGUCAGACAAAGCUUUCGCCUUGUACUUAGCGUCCGGUCGCUGGCGACAUCGAUACACACCAUAUCUUAACAAAGCCGAAUCAGCUCUGCUACACAGUGUAAAUAUAUAUACACACACACAGCGACACUGCUGGCACACCCAAAGACGUACGCGACGACAUCACAGCACAGUACACCUUCGUGCGGAUUGCAGUUUGCUUCAAUUCGCAGUGUGGGUACACGCCGAUUUCUUGAUCGUAUCCUGUUUGUUGCUCGACAUGGGCACGGGAGGUGUCGCGCUGGUCGCCGCCGCCCUCGCCGUGGUGGUGGUCACCAGGCUGUGGACGGUGCUGCUCCACCUGGUGUGGCGCCCGUACGCCGUGGCGAGCGCCUUCGCGCGGCAGGGCAUCCGCGGGCCGCCGUACCGUGUCUUGGUGGGCAACAGCAAGGAGGUUCAGGCGAUGCGCGCGGCGACGAGCGGCGACACGCUGGACCUCACCUCCCACGACUACAUCCCGCGCGUGAUGCCGCAGUACCGCGCGUGGAUGUCGCUCUACGGCAAGGUGUUCCUGACGUGGUCCAGCUCGACUCCGGCGCUCUUCGUGGGCAGCUACGACAUGGUGAGGCGGGUCCUCUUCGACAAGUCGGGGCUGUACGGCAAGACGGACCCGGGCCCGACCAUACUGUCCCUGAUCGGCAUGGGCCUCGUCUUCACCGACGGCGACGACUGGUCGCGCCACCGCCGCAUCGUGCACCCGGCGUUCGCCAUGGACAAGCUCAAGUCGAUGACGGGGGCGAUGGCGGCGUGCGCGGCGGAGGUGAUCCGGACGUGGGAGGCGCGCGCCGCCGCGAGCGGGGAGCAGGGAGUGACGGUGGAGGUGGGGCAGCAGUUCACGGAGCUCACCGCCGACGUGAUCUCGCACACGGCGUUCGGCAGCAGCUACCGGCAGGGGAAGGAGGUGUUCCUGGCGCAGCGGGAGCUCCAGUUCAUCGCCUUCGCCUCCAUCAACAGCGUGCGCGUGCCGGGCAUGCAGUACGUGCCCACCAAGGCCAACGUGCGCCGCUGGCAGCUCGAGCGCACGGUGCGGGGCACGCUCAUGGCCAUCAUCGGCGAGCGUCAUGCCGCUGCAAAGGAGGCGAGAGGUUACGGCAGCGACCUGCUGGGCCUCAUGUUGGAGGCCAACGCCGCCGGCGACGGCGGCGGCAAGAGGCAUCAGCAGGCCAUGAGCAUCGACGAAAUCAUCGACGAGUGCAAGACCUUCUUCUUCGCCGGCCACGACACGACCGCGCACCUCUUGACCUGGGCCAUGUUCCUCCUCGGCACGCACCCCGAGUGGCAGCAGCAGCUUAGGGACGAGGUGAUCCGGGAGUGCGGCGGCGCCGACGUGCCCCUCCGCGGCGACGCCCUCAACAAGCUCAAGCUCGUGACCAUGGUGCUGUACGAGACGCUCCGGCUGUACGGCGCGGUGCCGAUGAUCGCGAGACAGGCGACGGCGGACGCGGACCUCUGCGGCGUGAAGGUGCCCAAGGGCACCCUCCUGCUGAUCCCGAUCGCGAUGCUUCACCGCGACGAGGAGGUGUGGGGCGCGGACGCCGGCGCGUUCAACCCGCUCCGGUUCCGGGACGGCAUGGGCAGGGCGGCGGCGCACCCGAACGCGCUGCUGUCCUUCUCCUUGGGCCCGCGGUCGUGCAUCGGGCAGGACUUCGCGAUGCUGGAGGCCAAGGCGACGCUGGCGCUCAUCCUGCGGCGGUUCGCGUUCGCGGUGGCGCCGGAGUACGUGCACGCGCCGGCCGACUUCCUGACGCUGCAGCCGUCGAAAGGGCUGCCCGUCGUGCUCAAGCUCUUGGAUCCGCACACUUCUGCCAUUUGAGGUCGGCGUCGACUUGAGCGGCGGCCGACGUCGACCUGGUGGGGAGUACGGUCACCCAGCGAGCGAGCGACGUCGACUUGAGCGGUCCACUUGCGGCAUUUCACAUUAUUUUCUCCCGUUUCUCUAGGGAUGAAAACGAAAAUGAUAAAUCUCAUAUUUUCAGAAAUCGUUUUCGAUUUUUUUUUUUUCAAUUUUUAGGCCUAAAUGAAAAUGAUAAUGGUAACCCAAAGAACAAAAAUAAUAACAGUUAUCUUC